CAGAGACCUUUCACGAACCAGAUUCCCAAGCACACACCCGGUGUUUCUAUUCAAUAUUGCCAUUCAUUUCGGUAGGGCUCAUCGGUAUUGGGCUGCAUCGGUGGAAGGAAACCAGAGAAGCCAACGAACUGGUCCUGGCGCAGUGGCUUACAUGAGGCUUACCCCCAACCAUCCACAGUCAAUCCGUGCCCGCCAACAACUUGAUCCUUUAAUCACGUGGCUCGAGUCUUACAACGUCCCUCUGCCGCAGUAGCAGGUACUGAGGCGACACAAAGGAAACUGUCCACGCCGCGAAGAGAAUGCACCUACCCUCGUAUUUAGGCUUGUGAUCGCGUUACAACUUUCAAGCCACCUUUCAGGUACCUGCUGCACGUCAUAUGUCAUCAAGCCACUGGGUACUCAGCUACACCCAUGGAAGACCUGGUAUGAGGUUCCUGCCUUACUUGCGCCGCCUAUGAGCCUCCCUAGUCGCGUUUUGAACGAACUACAUUCACACCUUGUGCCCUCUCAGCUCCUGAAGCUGUCCACAUGAGUUUUCUUGACUCACCUGUGCCCCGUUCUUUUGUCCUUCCAGCCCCACCCCCCUUUAUGACUUGUUUUCCAAAUAUUUCGGCAGUUUUUAUUCUUACAUCUUUACGUCUUUUCGUCACUGUCUAUCGGGUAUAUCGGCUUUGCUGUCACUGCGUACUCCGUAGGUGCAACCGGGCCUUUUCGCGUCCCUGGCUUGAAAGACCUUGUACGCCAGGAUCAUCAGGAACAAUCCACGGAGAUUUAGCGCGUUCACAACAGAGCGCCACCCCCAGUUCGCAGACCGCUCUGGGCUUGGCGUAUCCCUAUCGACCUUGCCUGCUUAGGUCUUACGGGCUGCCGCGGAAAUGGAUGAGAUAUUUCUACAGUCCUGCAGCAUAGCAUCAUUAUCAUCGUCAAUAGGACUCGUCUAUGUCAAACGCGAGAAAAGAACGCAUUUAUGGCCUGCCUGAAGCUGAGGCACACCGCUUGCAGAAAUAGACUGCCUAUAGAGCGCAGGUCCUGAACCCAACACUGCAUGAAACUAUCGAGCGGCUUCAUAGGCGAGCUCUUGCCGAGCCGGGCCGACAGUUCGCUUCGUAUCUUGGUUCUCGCGGGUAAUUUUUUAUUGUUUUUGAGACUCAGUGUUUGCUGACGGAUACUUUCUUCCGCCCCGUGUGGGAGACUAGUCGCUCAAAGGGGGUUGGCAGUUAAUAUCGCCGUCGAAAAUGCUCGCUCAGUCUUCUUAGCUUCAUUGUCACCGGUGCUUCCUUGGUCAAACUUCAAAGUUUUCCAGCAGCGUGAUCCCACCACCAAUGUACCCUCUACACCAUCUUCAAGACUUCAUUGACUCCCAGCUCUUGGAUCAUUGUCGUCUUAUUCGUUCCAGGAUGGUGGAAUAUUGUUUUUGAUCACGAAAGCAUGGGCUAGGCUAUGCACCCCUGGACAGGCAGACUUUUUUUUUUCCAAUAUUUUCCCAAAGGGGAAAGGCAAUCGCGUCGUCGUCGACGACGACCUGAAUGUCGACAAGGCGGCACAGCCCCCUGAGCUGACCGAAGAGGUCCACAAACAUCGCCGAGCGGCGACGGCUUGAAGAAUAUAUAAACAAGUCUUUUCAUCCUCCUCAUCACUGCCUAUCUUCUCCAUGUCUCAGCCCCCAAGCCUCCUCCUCCUGACUUCUCAAGUCAGCAGCCCCUUCUCCAGUCUUCUAGACUAGACGGCUACCUACAUUCGCUCAAAUCGGGAUCUUGAUCUUUGACUCUCUUUCUGUCCUCCCCCAUCAUGAAGGUCACCAGCUUCUUCAAGGGACUGGGGAUGUUCGUCGGCCUGGCGGCUGCGGCUCCCCAUUCUUCCAACUCGGACCAGGCCCUUGGACUGUAUCCUCGUGAGCCUGGCGUCUCGCCGGCUUUCGAUCUGUCCAAGCGCCAGUCCUGCCACACGGCUUCCAACAGGGCCUGCUGGUCUACUGGAUUUGACAUCAACACCGACUAUGAGGACAAGAUCCCCGACACUGGGGUUACGCGCCAGUACACCUUGACCCUCACGGAGCAGUGGAACUGGUUGGGACCUGAUGGUCAGCGCAAGGAGGUGGCUAUGCUCAUCAACGGCGGCUACCCUGGCCCCACCAUCCGCGCCUCAUGGGGUGAUUGGAUCGAGGUUACCGUCGUGAACAACCUUGAGAUCAACGGUGACGGCUUUAGAACUUCUUUCCACUGGCACGGAAUCCGCAUGUUAAACAACUGUGUCAACGACGGCGCCAAUGGUAUCACUGAGUGCCCCAUCGCCCCUAACAAAUCCCGCAAGUACCGAUUCCGUGCCCAGCAGUAUGGCACUUCUUGGUACCACUCUCACUUCUCCGGGCAGUACGCCAACGGUGUCGUCGGCCACAUCUUGAUUGACGGCCCUGCUUCUCUACCCUACGAGGAGGAUCUUGGUAUUCUCAGCAUCACUGAUUGGUACUAUAAGGGUGCCGACCGCAUCCAGUACGAGCUGAUCCCAUCGCCUGGCAGGGCUCCUCCCAGCGACAACAUUCUUUUCAACGGCAAGGGUAUCAGCCCUCCCGGACGCCCUGCCGGUGGCAGCUACCAGCGCACGGUGCUGAAGCCUGGAAAGCGCCACCGUCUCCGCAUCGUGAACCCGUCGGUUGACAACGUCUUCAAGGUCCGCCUUGCCAAUCACCCAUUCACUGUGAUUCAGACCGACUUUGUUCCCGUCCAGGCCUAUACCACCAACGAGCUCCUGGUCGGCAUUGGUCAGAGGUACGAUGUCACCAUCGAGGCCAACCAGUCCGUCGGCAACUACUGGUUCAACGUCACGGUCACCUGCGGCGGCGCCACCAACGCCCUGACCCCGGCUUCCAUCUUCCAGUACGAGGGUGCUUCCUCGACCGCCCUGCCCACCAACCCGGGCCCGGCCCUCGACACCACCUGCCUGGACAUCAUCAACUUCUCGCCUGUCGUGCGCAAGGACUUCCCCGAGGCCGUCUUCCGCGCCAGCUCGGACAACACCCUCAACACGGCCGUCACCACAAAGAACUGGGAGGGCGUCCAGCGUGUCUACUGGACCGUCAACAACGUCGACAUGAACAUCACCUGGGACGAACCGACCCUUGAAUACGUCGCCAAGGGAAACACCAACAUCCCCCAGCGCUACAACCUAUUCCGCGUGCCCCGAGGCAACGAGUGGAGUGUCUGGAUCAUCAACAACCCGAUCGGCGCCCCGCACCCCAUGCAUCUGCACGGACACGACUUCUACGUCCUGGGCCGUUCGCCCAACAUGGCAACGCCCACCAACUUCGACGCGGCGCGCGACACGCCGAGCCUGACGUGGACCAACCCUACCCGCCGCGACGUGACGAUGCUUCCCGGAAACGGAUGGCUGGCCGUGGCGUUCCGCACCGACAACCCGGGCGCCUGGCUGUUCCACUGCCACAUCGCCUGGCACGUCGCCCAGGGCCUCAGCGUCCAGUUCCUCGAGCGCGUCGACGAGAUCCCUGCCACCGUCAACCUGGCCGAGCUCGAGCCCACCUGCAGGGACUGGACCGCCUACUACGAGUCCAGCCCCAACAAGCAGCACGACUCUGGUCUUAGGACCGGUGGUGGCAACUAAACCCCUGUCAUGGGUUUUUAGGACUAGGGAACGGCAGAUCUGAGAUGAUCUGCAGCUGCGCAAAGCUGAACCUGACGAGGUUGGGCUUUUUUUCUUUCCUUUCACUUCAUUGGAGAACCUGUUUAUAUAUAUCGACGAUAGGUGAUUAGUCUAUAUCUCCUUUGUUUGAUACUAGUACAUAACUGCAGUUUGUUUUAUAUUCUGAUCUCUUUUCGUUCCUCUCCAUCUGCCUCUUUAACCGCUAUGCGUAUUGCUUUGGAAGAAUUUUGAUUUCGGCCACGACAAUACUAGCUCUACGAAUGCAAACAAUCAUGAA